CCCGUCCAAACACUGCCUACCAACUUGCCGGAAGCUCGACCACCGGCCCACGGACUCGACCCACUCCUCGGUCCUUGUUCAACUUUCCGAGCGCCUCUCUCCUCUGUGAUCUUCCCUCGCCCGCUCGCCCCACCGCGCGCCUCCCCCUCCUCCUCCGCUGCUGCCACCUUCUCCUCUCUCUGCUCACCGAAGAGAACUCUCACCCUCCCCGGCUCCCUGUCCCCAGCCCCUAGCCCCAAGAAACCGGCUGAAAAGAGAGUGAGAGGGACCCAUAGGAGGGGCGGGCAAGAUGAUCGGCGUGGGGAAGGCGAAGCAGUACGCCAACGUGCUCGACAUGCCCCUCAGCCGCGGAAGGCAGGAGAAGGACCAAAUUCAAUUGCAACCAGAGCUCUUACGUUGGGAAGGAAAAAUAUAAUCUCAAUUUUCAAUGGAUGUUUUCCAAAUUUGAACAAAUGAGCACUCAUCACUACUGUCACGGUCUUUAUGCUUGGGGGUGGAUUGGAUCGGAUGGGGUACUGGUGUGAGACAAGAGGCCGUGGCCUUGGACCUCGGCGGCGCGGUGGAGGAGCCGUGAUCGGCUCGCCGUGCCAGCGAGGCAGGAACUAGCAGAGAGGGAGGAUGAAGGUCAGUUUGAGUGCAUUUGCAUUCUUGUUCUCAGAGUUGGUUCAGUACAACCAGACACAAGUUGACAACAUUGCUGAGCUGGAACGGAGACUGGAGGAUGCUGGUUAUGCUGUCGGUGCAAGGAUGCUUGAACUUCUUUGUCACAGAGAGAAGGGGAAUAGGCGAGAGACACAACUUCUGGGGAUUUUAUCAUUCAUUCACAGCACUGUAUGGAAAGUCUUGUUUGGAAAGGUGGCUGACUCACUUGAGAAGGGAACAGAACAUGAGGAUGAAUACAUGAUUAGUGAAAAGGAGCUUCUUGUUAACCGGUUCAUUUCCGUGCCAAAAGACAUGGGAGCAUUCAACUGCGGAGCUUUUGUUGCGGGCAUUGUAAAGGGUGUGUUAGAUAAUGCUGGCUUUCCUGCGGUAGUUACUGCACACUUUGUUCCAAUUGAAGGCAAUAGGUCAAGGACGACAAUCUUGAUUAAGUUUGCUGAAGAGAUUUUACACCGAGAAGCAAGACUUGGCUGAGUUUUAUGCUAUGUUUGUACACCAAACCUUUUUCUGGUCUAUUUGUAAGUUGAAUCUUUGUUUGAUAGUUUGGUUGUUUCUGGUACUUGAUUUAUUUAAUAGUGGUUUGAGAAUAGAAGUGAUGAAGGUGAGACUGCAGGGGCUUUAUCAUUCUUAUUGGAAUUGUAAUUGUAAGACAUUGCUUUAUCUACCAAAACUGCUCCUGUAUUAGAAACUUUUCCAUGAUUUUUUCCUUAUAACAAAGGAAUCUUUCAGUA